AUGGAUGGAUUGGAAGUUGUUCCCGGGUCCGAGAUGGCGUCUGUGAAGAGCUAUAGCGGACCCCAGGUGGUUCCUGAGACGGAAAAAGAAGUCAAGCCAACAAGAGGAGGAUUACACUAUGUUGAGCCGAAUUAUAUUCCCCAGGUUAAGCCUGAUUACGUUCCUCCCCUCGAAAAGAAUAAUAAAGUUGGCCCCCCACAAGGCCGAGACCACAAAAGGAUAUGUGGAGUGAGGUCUACAAUAUUCUGGCUGUUGUUGGUGAUUGCGAUAUUGGUUGUUAUCAUUGCUGGUGUGGGUGGAGGCAUAGGAGGAUAUUUUUUGAACAAGAAUUCAAGGAACUCUGAUUCAUCGACACCCGCCUCCACGAAUUCUAUAUUAUCUCCAAAGACAACGGCAUCCUCGGUGAGCACAACAUCGUCAAUUCCUGAUCCAACCACCACUUCCACUGUAUCGGAAACAUCAUCCGGCCCAGUCACAUCGGGAACAUCGGGAAUAGCUUCAAAUCCAUGCCCCGGUCAGAACCUCACCACAAUCACGGGCUCUAAUGGUGCUAUUUUCACACUGUUGUGUGCUGUGGACUGGCCGAGUGGUGACGGAGCAGCCAACGGCAAAGGAAAAGUAGGUGACUUAGAUUUGUCAACAGAAUAUACAUUGCCCUCUUGCAUUUCACAAUGCGUGGACUGGAACGCGGACAGUUCCAAGGCUGGGACAUGCAAAGGAGUGGUGUAUAGUGCCAAUUUGACAGCUGCUUACGACGGAGGACAGGAGGGAAAUUGCUUCUUGAAGGAUCGAGUGGGCAAAUAUUUCCCCAAUGCGGAUACUUCAAUGGCCGCAGGUCUAUUGGGCUAA